AACCAUUUCACCACCCGGAACCAAUGUCAUAAAGCUGCAGGGACACUCGGUUGAACACGUUGCACCGCACAUCCGGUUGCGUUGCACCUGGCGUUAAACUGGUCGAAGCAAUAAUGGCAGCGUUUUCUGAAAUGGGAGUUAUGCCUGAAAUCGCGCAGGCGGUGGAAGAGAUGGACUGGCUGCUACCUACUGACAUCCAGGCUGAGUCCAUCCCCCUGAUUCUUGGUGGAGGAGAUGUACUCAUGGCAGCAGAAACUGGUAGUGGUAAAACAGGAGCCUUCAGUAUCCCGGUGAUUCAGAUUGUGUAUGAAACCUUGAAGGAUCAGCAGGAGGGCAAGAAGGGAAGGGCCUCUAUCAAGACUGGGGGAGCCAUUUUCAAUAACUGGCAGAUGAAUCCUUAUGAUCGCAGUAAUGCUUUUGCAAUUGGUCCAGGUGGGCUGUGCUGCCAGAGCAGGGAGUUUAAAGAGUGGCACGGCUGUCGCUCUACAAAAGGUGUCACCAAAGGGAAAUACUAUUAUGAGAUGACUUGCCAUGAUCAGGGUCUGUGCCGGGUCGGUUGGUCGACCAGUCAGGCUGCACUGGAUUUAGGAACUGACAAGUACGGCUUUGGUUUUGGAGGGACUGGAAAGAAAUCUACCAACAAGCAGUUUGACAGCUAUGGGGAGGAGUUUACCAUGCAUGACACUAUUGGAUGUUACCUGGAUCUAGAAAAGGGCCAGAUUUCCUUCUCCAAAAAUGGUAAUGAUUUGGGUUUGGCUUUUGAGAUCCCCCAAAAUCUGAGAAAUCAGGCUUUCUUCGCCUCCUGUGUUCUCAAGAAUGCAGAGCUCAAGUUCAACUUUGGAGGGGAAGAAUUUAAAAAUCCACCAAAGACUGGAUUCGUUGCCUUGGAUCAAGCACCAGAGAGUCACACAGUGAAAUCUUCUCAGACAGGCAGUGCUAAAGUCAGCCAGGUGAAAACAUCAUCCAACGCACCUAAAGCUUUAAUCAUCGAGCCAUCUAAGGAACUGGCUGAGCAAACUCUGAACAACGUCAAGCAGUUCAAGAAAUAUGUGGAUAACCCUAAACUAAGGGAGCUACUAGUGAUUGGUGGUGUGGCCGCCAAGGAGCAGCUAGCAGCCCUAGAACAGGGGGUUGACAUUGUGGUGGGAACCCCUGGAAGACUGGAUGACCUUAUAUCCACCGGAAAACUCAGUCUGGCCCAAGUCCGCUUCCUAGUCCUGGAUGAGUGUGAUGGUCUCUUGACAGCUGGCUAUACCGACUUCAUCAACAGAAUUCAUAAUCAAAUUCCACAGGUUACAUCUGAUGGCAAGAGACUCCAGGUGAUUGUGUGUUCAGCUACUUUGCAUUCAUUUGACGUAAAGAAGUUGUCUGAGCGCAUCAUGCACUUUCCCACCUGGGUGGACUUAAAGGGGGAGGACUCCGUCCCAGAGACGGUCCAUCACGUGGUUGUUCCUGUUAAUCCUAAAACCGACCACCUCUGGGAGCGUCUGGGAAAGAAUCACAUCCAGACUGAUGAAGUACACGCCAAAGACAACACCAGACCAGGAGUCAAUUCUGCUGAAAUGUGGUCAGAAGCCAUCAAAGUGCUGAAGGGCGAGUACACGGUGAGAGCCAUCAAAGAGCACAAGAUGGACCAGGCCAUAAUAUUCUGUCGCACCAAGAUCGAUUGUGACAACAUGGAACAGUACUUCAUCCAGCAAGGAGGAGGUCCAGACAGUAAAAACCACCAGUUCUCUUGUGUUUGUCUCCAUGGCGAUCGCAAGCCCAAUGAGCGAAAAAAUAACUUGGAUCGUUUCAAGAAAAAAGAAGUGAGGCUCCUGAUCUGCACGGACGUUGCUGCCAGAGGAAUUGAUAUUCACGGAGUUCCUUUUGUAAUUAAUGUGACAUUGCCAGAUGAGAAGCAGAACUAUGUCCAUCGCAUUGGCAGAGUAGGAAGAGCUGAAAGAAUGGGUUUGGCCAUCUCUUUGGUUGCUAUGGAGAAGGAGAAGGUUUGGUAUCAUGUUUGCCCAAACCGAGGCAGAGGUUGCUACAACACCCGACUGAAGGAGGAUGGUGGUUGCACCAUCUGGUACAAUGAGAAGGAGCUCCUGUCAGAAAUUGAGGAGCACCUGAAGUGCACCAUCACACAGUGUGAGCCAGACAUAAAAAUACCUGUGGAUGAGUUUGAUGGAAAGGUUACCUACGGUCAGCGCAGGGCACUGGGAGGUGGUAACUACAAAGGUCACGUGGAUGUUCUGGCCCCAACGGUCCAAGAGCUGGCUAACCUGGAGAGAGAAGCCCAAACCUCCUUCCUCCACCUGGGAUACAUGUCAAACCAGCUUUUCAGGGCUUUCUAACCACACCGACUCCCGUGAAACUGUAGGCUAUUCAAGUGAAAUCAAGAAAAAUUAAUUUAAAAAAACAGUUGUCAUGUAAUAAAGUAAGUAUUUCGACUGUUUCCCUUCAUGUUUCAAGGGACUCUAUACCACUUGUAAAAUGUAACUUGACAUCUAAUGUUAACACUAAUUGAGCGGCUAAUGUGUUUUUGGAUUUUGUGUUUUCUUUUCUGGCUGAUAAAACAGAAGUCUUUAAGUUUCAUGAUGACGCCAGUGGCUAAAAGGUGUUAUUUUAUUUUUUGAAAUAAACCAGUCGGCUGUUCACAUUU